UUAAUACUUGAUGUUUUGGACCAGAAAAGGGAGGCUCCACCUGGUGAGAAGCCUGAGCCAGUUCGCACUCACCUCCGCAACAUGAUUAUUGUGCCAGAAAUGAUUGGAAGCAUUAUUGGUGUUUACAAUGGCAAGACCUUUAAUCAGGUUGAAAUCAAGCCAGAAAUGAUUGGGCAUUACCUGGCUGAAUUUUCUAUUUCAUACAAGCCUGUGAAGCACGGUAGACCUGGUAUUGGUGCUACCCAUUCUUCAAGGUUCAUUCCUCUGAAGUGAGAUAUAUGCCAGUUACCUGGAUACUUAGUUUAUUGUUUUUAUCUGGAAAGACAUCUGUGUUGAUCAAAUUUUUGUUUGUGCCCCUUUCAACUUCUGGACAACAUAUUAAUGUUUGAUUUGUUAAUUUAGAUGAUGGAACUUCAGAAUCUAGUUUAAAGGAGCUGGUUUGUUUUAUGGUUUCUUCACAUUCUAUGGUAGAAUAAGUUUCUGGUUUUUCAA